AUGUCUCCUCAUGCCAGGGCAAAGCAGAAAAUUGCCACCCUCAUGGAGGAAGUCGAACUUUUGAAGCAGGACAAGGCAACAAAACAAUGUAGGAAGACAACUUAUUAUGUUUCUCAGGGACAAGCAAUUCAUCAUAUGGUUGUACUAUACACACCCAUAGAGGAUCUGGUUGCUGAAAAUGAUCGGCAAUGUGAAGAAAGUGACAUGGACUGCACCAAGGACUAUAUCGAACUCGCUAAGACAUUACCAUGGUUUCAUGAUAAGCUAGCAAGUUUUGACCAUGAGGAGUCAGAGGACAUGCUCAAAAAGCUCAAGCAAGGCGUGGACUCAGCUCAUGGCGAUGACACGGGAACUCUCAAAGAGCUUGUGGCUUCAUGGGUGAACAUUGAGUGUCAUCCCACCCCGCUCAUCAGGACCAAUGACAAACACCAUCGAGGUUUCACAAGUGAUGCAUGUGGUAAACUGCUCUGUCCAGCAGAAUGGUGCUGGGAUGAUCUGGUUGUCAGGGCUGGCAUUCAUGACCAUACCACUGCUUUCAUUGUUUCAGAGAAUUCAUGGCCCUCAUUCAUGUAUGAAAACUAUGAAGCUGACACCAAGAAUCUGGAGCAUGGUCUCAUGAAGUUGAAGCUGCUAGUUAGGCAUCACAGGGGUUCAAGGCUAUCUUCACUUCUCCCUCCUCUGCCAAUGAAGUUGAUGGUGAAGAUGAUGACGCUGAUAUCCUUGAGAACAACCGACAUGCCCAGAGAUGAUCAGAUCAAGAUCCAAUUUGCACUUUCUAGCAUUACCUCCUGGCGCACUGUAGAUGGAGACUUCAACUAUCAGAUUUUCUGGAACAACAUCAUAGACUUAUUUGAGGAUGCCCCAGGUCCAGCUGUGCGAGCCAGGAUGACUAACCUUCUUGAGUGGUGGACCAGAAAGGUCUUUGGCAGAAACCAUCAGGAAGAUCUGACAUCAGACAUUGUUUCCCAAAUGUCUGUCAGUGCUCUUGCUGCCCAGAGACAGCUGAUUGAGGAUGCUGCAUUUGACCCUGAAUAA